AUGCAUCACGGUCGCAAAGUUCUUGAAGCCCAGAAGAAACGCGAUACCGCACCUCAACAGGAAUACUUUCCGCUUUCUAAGGAGAAAGUGAGACAUGAUCGGGUCCAUCGAGCUGAAGAGGGGAAGCGAGAUAGAGAAAAUAUCGGUGACAUGAACCUCGACGAUAGAAGGGAAGAUAAUAGAGGAAAUUGUGUUUCUGGAAGAGAUGCUUCUCCGGGAUCUUCUUCUCGAAGUAAGGGCGUUUGCAGUGAAUAUCAAUACGGUGAGCACAAACGGCAGCGAUUGUCACCGGAAGGUCAUGAUUUCAAAGUUUCAGCCACACAGAGCUCACACGGUUCCACGGAUGCCUAUUUAUCAUCGGAUCGAUCCAUAGGGAAUCUGCGAAAUAAGUCAAGAGCCACAGAUGCUUCGAUGCGCAACAUGGUAGUGGGUACUUCACCACUAUCAACUGGAAAAUAUAAUAUCUCCAUGAGGAAUAGGGCAACGCGUUCUGCCUUGGCUGAUCAUGAUGGGGAGUUUACUCCAAAGGUUAAUGCCCCUCCAGCCAUCGGUUCCAGCGGACAACUGCCGUCGCAAGCGACCGACUUCCAUUUACCACUUAAACUAUACGAUACUAUGAAGCCGUCUCCACGUGUUGGGGUGGGGGAGAAAUAUCCAAUAAAGCCAUCCUUUCAGGCUUCGCAUGGUUCGCGAGAUGCGUAUUCGCACGGUCCACAGCUGGGGAUGUCAGAUAUGGCACCAGCUGCCCUUAAGCGGUCAAGUGCUCCAUCAUACGGUGAGGUUUUUUCAGGGGCGCAUGUGGCGAGUUUAAGCAGGGGUAGAAAAAUGGAAGGAAGAAAUACGCCGAGGUCAGUCCGAUUAGGGGAAUGGAGGACUUCCCAUUCACGCAGUGGAGACGGUGCUGUUUCCGAACACGCGGAGCGGCGUCAUCGUCAGGCAAAUCAUCCGUUACAAGACCAUCUUUUUGCACCCCGACGCCGUGCUUUGGAAAUACCGCCAUCCGACCCUUUUUCAUUCAGGGGAAUUAGUUCUACUGAGAGCGGCUCGCAUUCAAGUAGUCGCACUGGCAACUUCACUCAGCACUCUGAGCAACACGACGGCCGGGUAUCCAGCAGCUAUACGCAGAGCCCAGAAACAGGUUUUGAGAUGUGGCGUGGUGACAAAACGCCUUACAAUGCUUCUCAAAGUGGUUCGCCUGGUUGUGAUGCUGGAUACGCUCCAGGAAGCACCAAUGCCAGUAGCGCGGUUGAGUCGCACCCUUCGUACCUGGGUUCCCUAUCAUGGGCCGCGCCGCACGUUUACCAACACCAACAGGAGGUGCCCUGCAUUCCACGACCCCACGUCGAGUACAGUGGCUUUAUUAACCCCGAAAAUGACUGUUAUGCGUGCAGCGUACUGACGCUUUUGUUGCGCAGCCCCUUAUUUUGUAGAGCGCUGCUAGCUUCACCCACUGUAGAGUGUGUGAGGCCCGUAAAAUCCGUUAACAAUACUGCGGCAACCAGUAGCAGCAGUCUCACAACAUCUUACGAUCCGACACCUGCAGGCGUUGACCAUGAUACAGUUCGUGAGGAUCCACCUCCUGUAAGUUUGCAUCAUGUGUUGAAAUACUUUGCUGGUUUGCUUCAGUGUCCACAGGACAUAGAAGGGGGAAUAGACAUGAGACCAUUGCGACAUUUUUUUAGAGGGAACUUCUUUUCUGGACAGCAAGAAGAUGCACACGAAUUCUUCCUCGCCGUCAUUGACAAACUAACUGAGGAGUCUAAAAUGUUUCUUAAAUCCACGGAUGCAUCAGGGGGAUUUGAUAACCCUGCAGUGGAAGAAGGCGAAGCUUCAAAAGAAAUAAGUACUGAUGGUCAGGGUACCGCAGCUGAAGGGACACCGCGGUCGUCGGGUAACGAAUCAAUGCCCCUUUGGAUAAAUACUUUGAUUACGGGACAGCUUCUGAGCAUCAUUCGCUGUGGAAAUGCGGCGUGUGGGCACGAGAUAGCGACGGUCGACCCUUUCAUUAACCUCUUAGUUAAUAUACGUAAAGGAGAGGAGACAAAUGAAACACUUCGGCAAAGUAACCCCAACAGUUCACCUUGUCAAGAAAGCGAGCACUGUGCACCCAAUUCCGAACCCGUUGGGUCGCAUGGCAGUCUGCUGUACGCAAGCCCCAUUUCUCCCAAACCGUAUUACGAUGUGCUGUCUCUGCUCACGUACAGCUUCCGUUUUUCAGCUCUCGAUUCCUAUGUUUGUGACGCAUGUGGAUCUUCCAAUCAGCAGUUGCAGGGUGGCUGUCUACUGGGGGCUCUGCCACCACUUUUAGUCGUACAAAUGAAGCGGUUUGCCACAACGUACUCUCCAGAACUGGGUGCUUCUGUGACGAAGGAUGUGUCCCCCGUCCUUGUUAAUCGAAAUAUUGUGUUGUACUCUUUGGAUGAAGAACAUUAUAAUCGUGAAGAGAAGACAUUGAGGUCGAGUGUGUUGCAUGCGGAACAAAAGGCUAAACAACACAGUGAAGGGGAAGCUGUUGAUGAAUCAGCAACCCAUGUGAAGGCCACUCGAUGUUCCUACCGGUUGCAAGGUGUGGUGCGUCAUUUGGGGAAAUCUCUUUAUGGUGGCCACUACACAACGGAGUUCGCGCAGGAACGAGUGGAUAGAAAAGAAGAAGAGGAAGAAGAAGAAGAGGAGGAGGGGGAUGGAAGUACGGAUGGAACUAAAGAUGGCUGUGGGCACCAAGUCGAUGGGGAGCGUACCGGAGAAGGCAGCGUUGAACGGGAGAAACAUAUAAGUUCGGAUCAAUGCGCAAAAAGGUCUUGGUAUAUGGCGGAUGACGAAAGAGUUUCGGCACUUUCUGAAGAAUAUUCAAUGAAAGAAGCUUCCCGUUCCUGUACAUGCUACUUGCUGUUAUACGAGAAGGUGGGGGAGGAAGCCGUUUCAUCUCAUGUAUGGGAUAUACUCCCACGGGGAAGCGAGUGA